UCCGCCGCUAGAGUUUUUGUUGUAUGUUAUGCGAUGACGUCGCCGCCUUCAAGCUAUCCGCUUCAGACGGGGAUCAUGGUUCGAUUGUUGCCGCCUACAGUCAUGGUAGCAGCUGUGAAGGCUUUGCAUUGGCGAAACUCUGUGGAAUUCCACAAGCUGCUUAAAGAUAACGAAGAAGAUUUCUCUGUUUCCAUUAACGAAGAAGAAGUGUUACCGCAAAAGAUUAGUGUAGAGAAAUUGGUAAAAAUGUUACCUUCGCACCUCAUUGAGUCGUUUCUGUCUCCUAAGAAAGAUGGAAAGUUUCAAUAUGUAUUGUGUGGGAUCAGACUUUUGCAGACGUUGUGCGACUUAACACUUCGUAACGCUAAACUCGAGCAGGUCUUGCUUGACGAUGUGAAAUUAUCAGCAAAGAUGAUUGAUCUGGUGAUCCUUUUGAUGAUAAAUCUUGGUCGUAACAGAAAGGAAAGCUGCAAAUCAGAUGACGAAUUAUUACUAGAAGCAACGUUGGUGGCUUCUUCUCUCCACCUGUUUCAUGGGUUGAUCUCUCCUUACUCCCAAGAUCUUGUUCAAGUCUUUCUUGCUCACCCUAUGGUUGAUGUGUUUAUAGACUGUGCUUUUGGAGCUGUUCUUAAUGUUGUGAUAUCUUUGAAAGAGAAGUUGCUGCAUCGACGAACCGACUCCCCAAAACAGUUAGGCCCAAGUUCUGUAGAGGAGGUUAACUUCCACUGCCAACAAGCUGAAGCUGCUGUGCAGUUCCUUCAUUCUCUAUGCCAGCACAAACUGUUUAGAGACCGUGUCGCUAAGAACAAGGAGCUAUGUGGAAAAGGUGGCGUCCUUAUGCUAGCUCAAUCCAUACUAUCACUAGCUAUUACUCCUGAACUUGUUGGAGCAACUAUAACAAUUGCUUCCACAUCUAGAAUGAAAGCAAAAGUCCUUUCAAUUUUGCAGCAUUUGUUUGAGGCGGAAAGUGACACAUUCCUUGAUGAGGUUGCAAAUGCAGGAAACUUGCAUUUAGCCAAAACUAUUGCCUCAGAGGUUCUUAAAUUAUUGAGGCUUGGCCUUUCUAAAGCUUCCAUGGCUACUGCUUCUCCUGACUAUCCAAUGGGUUUUGUGCUACUUAAUGCUAUGCGCUUGGCUGACGUGCUCACGGAUGAUUCAAAUUUUCGAUCGUUUUUCACCGAACAUUUUAGCAUGGUUAUCAGUGCGGUAUUUUGUCUCUCUCAUGGAGAUUUCUUGUCAAUGUUGUGCUCUUCUGAUCUUUCUUCAAGGGAGGAUGAUGCAAAUAUUGAUUACGAUCUGUUUAUGUCAGCUGGAUGGGUUUUAAGUGUAUUUUCAUCUUCUCGGCAAUCAGUACCUCAAUUCAAGCUCAGUUUACAAAAUAACCUUACCAUGUCUUCAUAUGCUCAUCAGCGAACAUCAUUAUUUAUUAAAAUGAUUGCGAAUCUUCACUGUUUCAUUCCCAAUGUCUGCCAAGAAGAAGAUAGGAACCGUUUUAUUCAGAAUGUUAUGAGUGGAUUGCGAAAAGAUCCUUCAGACAUAUUGAUUAAGAUGUUACCAGGCUCUUCAUAUACUCCGGUGGCACAGAGAGGCACUGGUGUUUGCAGAAACCUAGGUUCUCUGUUGCGCCAUGCGGAAUCCUUGAUCCCUAGUUCCCUCAACGAAGAAGACUUCCUACUUUUGAGGGUAUUUUGUGACCAAUUGCAACGGCUAAUCCAUUCUGAAUUUAAGGAAAGUCAAGUACAAGUGAAGGAUAUUGAAGGUACGGGAGGGAAAUUAUCUUGUAAGCAGCAGAGAAAAGAGCCUCUGAAUCUAAAUAAUGAAAAUGAAGGAGCUUCAGAGAAUUGUAAUAUCCGAGUUGAAGGUGUGAUGACAAAGCAAGGUGUGACCGAGGAGAUUGAAGUAGUCGAACGGCUGAAAGAGAGCGAUGCAGAUGCUAGCAAUCUUGAAACCAGUGGUUCAGAUACAAGCUCUAACAGAGGGAAGAGUCUUGUUGAUCUGGUUGAAGAUGGAGAUGUGGUUCAGAAUAUGAGCAAUCUGUUUAAAGGCAGUGCGUCAAGAGAGCUGAAGGAGGAUGAAAAAGCGGAAACCUUCCUUGUCUUUGAGAAGCAGAGGACAAAACGGAAGCGUAGUAUAAUGAAUGAUGAUCAAAUGGUGAUGAUAGAGAAUGCUCUUGCUGUGGAGCCUGAUAUGCAGCGGAAUUCAGCUUGGAUACAGGCAUGGGCAGAUAGAUUGAGUCAACAUGGUUCGGAGGUUAUUACGUCUUCGCAGCUGAAAAACUGGCUGAAUAACCGAAAAGCUAAACUAGCUCGAGCAAACAAGCAAACAGGCCCAGCUCGAGACAAUAACAGCUCAGGGGAUUUACCAGAGAGUCCUGGAGAUGAAAACACUUGGCAGCAGAAACAAGCAACAUCGUCAAAAGAUGAAACUGCAUCGGAAAACCCAAAAACAGGAGAGAAUCUGAUGAGAUCAUCAACUUCAUCAGAAGAAGGGAUAAAGCGAGGGCAACAAGUGAGGCUUAUGAACGACAGCGGAGACGAGAUUGGGAAAGGAACGGUGCUGAGAACAGAUGGUGAAUGGUACGGUUUGAGCCUGGAGACAAAACAGGUUUGCGUAGUUGAUGUAAUGGAGCAUAGUGGCACAUAUGAUUUGAGCAAAAUGGUCAUCCCUUAUGGAUCUGAUGAUGUUGGGAGGACUUUCGGAGAGGCGGCUUCAAAGUUUGAAGUGAUGAGAGUGGCUUGGGAUGUGAAUAAGCUUCAGUAGCAGACUCAGUUGCAUUGAAUUUGAUCAUUAGGUUUUUGUCUUUUUAUUUAACUGUUUAGAGAUUCUCUGUCGGUACUCUAUUUGAAAGAUUCUAUCUUGUGGGCUGUCUCUAUUGUAUCUCUCUCUCUCUCUCUCUCUGGUUAUUUACAGACAAAGGUUGAGAGUCGAGACUUUGAGAGUAAAUAGUGAAGAUAAUAUAACAGUAGGAAGAGUUUGACUUUA